AUGAUGAUGUUUAUUGAGUCGGGUAUCAGAGGUGGUAUUAGCCAGUUUUGUAACCGUUAUGCUAAAGCGAACAAUCCCUAUAUGGAUCAGUUCGAUCCUGCCCAAGACGCCCAAUAUAUUAUGUAUUUUGACGCGAAUCAUUUAUAUGGUUGGGCAAUGGCACAAACGCUACCAAUUGGCGGUUUUAAGUGUAAUGCCAACCCAGACGAGACCAUUGAUUUCAACAUACCUGACGACUCUUCAGUCGGGUACAUGUUGGAGGUCGAUCUCGAAUAUCUCGAGAUCCUCCACGAUUCUCAAGACAUGCCGUUUUGCGCAGUUAAUGCAAAACCUCCCAUGUCUAAGCAGGAGAAAUUACUCACAACUCUCCUGCCUAAAGAGAAUCGUGCAAUAUUCGAUGAAGACCUUGUGGGCAUUAAAGCAGGAGUCCUCAAAAAGUCUAUUCAAUUUGACGAUUACGUUGAGUGUCUGCGCAAUUUUAAGAUUCAGGCUAGAACCCAAUACAACAUUAGGUCACGGUUACAUGAUUUAGAAACAGUUAAACGAGUUAAAGUAGCAUUGAGUCCGCAUGAUGAUAAAAGUUAUCAGUACUGUGGUCCAGGUACUAAGUUAAUAAAGCGUUUAGUACGAGGUGAUACAGGUAUAAAUCCAUUAGAAGAAGCUUGUAAAGAGCAUGAUAAUGCAUAUUUAGAAAAUCAUAAUAACGUUCAAGCAAGAAACGCUGCUAAUAAGAUAUUUGCUGAUAAGGCGUGGCAACGAGUUUUGGGAAGCGAUUCCAGUGUAGGUGAAAAAGAUGCUGCUUUAGCUAUAUCUGGUACAUUGAAGGUCAAAUCAAAAUUAGAUAUGGAAAUGAGAAGAAAGAAGACAUCUAAAAAUAAGAAGAUACAAACAGUAUUAAGAAAAAUUAUUGAUGCUGCUAGACAUUCCAUUAUUCCAGGAAAUGAUGCUCAUUCUACAAUCAAAGCUGCAGUUGAAAAUGCUCGAAAAGCUAUUAGAAGAGCAGGUGGUAGAAAACAGUUUAUUAAAAGAGAAAACGUGUUUUUGCACGCCGGACCCGCUUUACAAACAGAUAUCGCUCUUGUCCUCCUAAACUGGCGAAGACACAGGAUCGUUUCCACAGCAGACAUAGUUAAAAUGUUUCGCAAAAUCCUUGUUCACCCAAAAGACCGCGAUCUUCAACGAAUUCUUUUGCGACCGAGUGCGGAAAUGCCAAUUGAGGAAUAUCGACUUUUCACAGUUACAUAUGGUACGGCAUGUGCGCCUUUUGUCGCCAUCCGCACUCUGAAACAACUCGUAAUUGACGAAGGCGCUCAAUUCCCUCUUGGAGCCGAAUGUUUACAAGAAAACACAUACGUGGAUGACAUCUUUGAUGGCGACGAAGACGUCCUGCAAGCUGAAAAAAAACGAAACCAGGUGGUCGAUUUGUGUGCAAAGGGGAACCUCAAAUUGGAUAAGUGGGCAACGAAUCACCCUAAACUUCUCCCUUCAUCCUGUGAACCAUCAUCAUCGAAAAUCAUCGAUCAGAACUCAAUUUUCAAAACGCUAGGGAUACUUUGGGAUUCAAAUGAUGACCAUUUCACCUUUAACAUCGUUCAAGAAACACUUUCCCCUCGAGAGGUGUCAAAAAGAACGAUAUCCUCGUGCAUAGCGCGAUUGUAUGAUCCCUUGAGCUGGCUCUCUCCCAUAACCGUAGUUGCCAAGAUAAUGCUCCAAGAGAUACUAUCAAUCUCUAGCUGCACUAUCGAGUGUCAAGAUCCCACGCUGGAACUUUGCGGAGCUGUUCUUCUCACCAGGCUGUUGCAGCACGUCAGAAAAUUAUUCCACUUUAAGGAUGCGACUGUGACAGCUUGGUGUGACAGUCAAGUCACCCUUGCAUGGAUAAAUCAGCAUCCAUCAAGAUGGAAGACCUUUGUGGCUAACCGUGUCUCAUACAUUCAAACCGAGCUGCCCUCGGCUGUUUGGCGACACGUUCCUAACCAUGGAAAUCCCGCAGAUCUCGCAACGAGAGGUCUUCUUGCAGAAGCACUUCAAGACAACCAACUUUGGUGGAAGGGCCCGCAAUGGCUUUCCCUACCUCCCAAUAACUGGCCUUCCCAACACCAAGGCUCUGAAAUCGACAAUUCGGAAGUACAAUCCUUUUUGGCCGUUAAUCCUGAAAUCAACGACGAAAUUCUCUCACGAUUUUCCUCUCUACAACGACUCUUUCGAGUAGUCGCUUACUGCCUCCGUGUUUACAGAACCUUUAAGGUAAAAGCUUCCGGAGAUUCUGUUAAAAAUAUUGCUCUUUCAGCCUCGGAAUUAGAAUCAUCCAAAAAAAGGAUUCUAACGAUAGCGCAAACUAAAGCAUUCGCCGAGGACAUUGCUGAACUGAAAAAAGGGAAAUCCGUUCCCAAAAACAGCGUGAUCCGAGACCUUAAUCCCUUUCUCGACGAAGAGGGAGUGUUACGCAUUUGGCUCAUAAAGUUUCACGUCACGGAGUCAUCGAGUCAACCCGCGUUUCCCUUCCCAAUUGAUGGGCGAUCUGCCAUCGCCAAGAACAGAACCGGCUCGCCCAUUUCCGAUUUCGGGCCUAGACUACGCGGUGCCUUUCCAACUACGGACCACAAAGGAACGAGUUUUAAAUCCUACAAAGGUUACAUCGUCGUCUUCGUUUGUUUCGCUACUAAGGCGAUUCACCUUGAGGCAGUAAGCGACAUGACGUCUGCAACUUUCCUAGCUGCUUAUCGAAGAUUCACUGGACGAAGAGGUUUAUGUCGACAAAUAUUCAGCGACAAUGGGACAACUUUCCAAGGAGCCGAUAAGGAGCUGCGAUCUAUGUUCAAAAGGGGAUCUGCGUUCUACUCCUAUAUUGCAGGCACACUGGCAAACGAUGGUACCGACUGGCGCUUCAUCCCUCCAAAUUCGCCUCACUUUGGUGGAUUGUGGGAGGCUGGUGUGAAAUCGGCAAAACACCACCUGACUCGAAUGAUGCUUUCUCGGUCAUUCACCUUUGAAGAGUUCAGCACACUCCUCGUCGAGAUUGAAGCCUGCUUGAACUCAAGACCCCUGUGCGACAUGUCUACAGAUCCCGAAGAACUCAACGCUCUAACACCAACACAUUUCCUCAUAGGAAGUACAUUAGCGAUACUCCCCGAUGAGGAACCACCGAAAGUUCCAGUAAAUCGACUCGAACGUUAUCAACUCCUUCAAAAAAUCAGAAACAAAUUCUGGAGAAAAUGGUCCCAGGAAUAUCUCCAGUCAUUACAAGCUCGAGGAAAAUGGCAGCAAUCCUCAGAAAAUCUCUCCGUGGGACAACUGGUCCUCAUCCGGGAUGAUCGAUAUCCUCCAACGAAAUGGCCCCUAGGAAAGAUUAUCGAAGUUCACCCAGGAUCUGACGGAAAAGUCAGAGUGGUGACAGUAAAAACAACUCAUGGAACAUAUCGCCGUCCGAUCGUACGACUUAGUCCAUUACCAUCGCCCACCUAA